GUAACUUGUGGCACACCAGCUGACUCGACAACAACACCGCUUGUUUUUACAGUUACUACUUCAUCUACUUUAGAGUAUAAAUUUCCAAUGCAGAGCAACAUGGGUGUUAUUGCAUUGUCUGCAACUGGAGGAAUCGUUUUACUUGUCUCUAUUGUAGUGUCCAGCUUUGUCAUGCUUAGAAGAAAGAAUCGACAAAAUAAAGCUAAAUCUCCGGAGGUGGACGCAUCGCUUUCGUAUAUGGUUUUGGACAGCAGAAAUAAACUAUCAGACAACCACUUAUACGCCACCUGUCAAACUGUAGAGGAAGUGGAGUUAUAUGUUACAUCAAAACAGAACCAAGAAACUGUUUCAUCACAGCAUACAGCUUUAAACACUAUGCAUAGAAUCGGCCCAGACUCUGACGUGCUAUUGAGUGAAAAGCCUGUAGAUCGGGAUACAUCGUCAAUGUGCUUGUAUGAAGUUCCUUACACCAACAGUAUGAAUCACGGAUUCAUCACCAAUGCCCCUUUAUGCAUUUCCAAACAACAGUUUCAUUAAACGUGGCCCAUUGCCAACGGUUAUGAAUGCUGCCAUUGAUGUGUCCAUAAAGUCAAAACCAGAGAAGUGAAUGAUCACUAAUACAACUGUGCAAAAAAAGUCCGCCUUAUACUUAUAUUAGUAGAAAAAUUCAACAAUACGCGACGUCCAUAUACAAACUUAUUCCAUAUUACUAAAUAAAACAUUUAAGGGAUUAAUUAUGUCAAAACUAAGAAUAGAUAUACAAAACACUCAUGAAACAAGUUUGCAUAUAUACUUAUAUCAU